AUGAACGAACAAGUUAAGGCUGGGGAAAUGUUUCCUGCGUCAAUAGACGUGUAUAAAUGUGGAAUUUGCGGCCAAAUGUUUGACUUGGAGGUCGAUGCUACGAAUCAUGUAAUGGAAGACCACGCAUCGAUUGGCGAAUGUGAAGUCGAAAUCGAACUUGAGCCCGAGGAAGAUAAUGGCGGAGAUGCAGCUGUUGGAGAAAUGGCAGUGGACGACGAAGAUGAUGUUUCAAACCAAUCUCCAUUGUCGAUAAACGAGGAAGAAGAAGAAAUUAACGAGUAUGAUGAAGUAAAUGAAUCAAACGUAGGGGUUACAUUUCACGAUCAGGAGGGUGUGACCAAUAACCAUAUUGAGUUGCAUGAAAACGAAAACGACGAUAAAAUUUCAAGAAAUCCCAACGUACUGCAAACAGGAGAAGAUAAAGCAGCCAAUUCCAAUGAGGGAGAAUCUGUUAAGAAAACAAAUCAAUGUUUAGUUUGCAAUGAGACUUUUUCUGACCCUGAAUCGCUGAGAGCUCAUUCACAGACCCAUGAUACAUCGUUUAAGUGUAAAAUAUGUGAGGAAAUCUGCCAUUCAGCUCGCUAUUUGAAUGCCCACAUGAUAAUUUACCAUGAAGGGAAGAUUUAUUAUGAUUGUGAUGUUUGUGAUAGAUCAUUUACAGACAAUGUCAGCCUAGGCUUACACAAAAAACUUCAUGUGGCUGAUAUGAAACCAAAGUUAGAGAAGAAAUCUGAUGAUGAAGCAACAAAGGAUGCCAUUCCUAAUACUGACCUUAGAAAUUCAAACAAAACUGAUGUAGAAAUGCCAAUGGAAGUUCAAAUUUCCCAGAAGUCGACAGCUUCCAAAUCACCAAGUAUAAUAGAAGCAAAUUCUAACAAGAAUACCAGAAACACAAGGAGCAAAGUAGCCAUUACUCCAGAAAAAACUCCCAUCAAUCAACCAGAAUCAAAAUCACCUCCACCUAAAAAUGAUAGAUCAUUGAUAAGUAAAGUAUCACCCAAAAAAAACACUGAAGAAUCAGUUGAUGACUCCUCAGAAACAAAAACCAUAAUAACUUCUCCCAAUUCCUGUGAGUUCUGUGGUCAGAAUUUUCGUAGACAGACAGCCAUGCGUGCUCACUUGAUGAAAAAACAUGCAACAGAAGUGAAGAAUAAAGGAAAGAAAAAGGUUGACGUGUGUCAUAUCUGUUCCCAGACAUUCAAAUCCAGUGCGCUACUGUCCACUCAUAUGACAGAAAAGCAUGAAGGAGAGAAACCCUAUAAAUGUGAGGAGUGUGAUAAAUCAUUUGUUACAGAACAAGCUAAGGGAGAUCAUAUAAAACUGAAACAUACUAGCAAGGAUCUUUAUCCCUGUCAUAUCUGUGAAAAAAUUUUCGUGCAGAGAUUUGAUUUAGACGAGCAUUUAAAAUCUCACAGUGGAGAUGUGGAAAAACCUUUCUCUUGUGAUGUUUGUCAAAAAUCAUAUGCUAAGAUCCAUACUCUGAAAGCCCAUGAAAAAAUUCAUACUGGAGAGAAACCAUUUGAAUGUGAUGUGUGUAAUAAGUCAUUUUUAACUUCCUAUAGGUUAAAGGAUCAUUCUAAGCUGCAUACAGGAGACCGAAAUUACAAGUGUGAUUUCUGUGAUUGUAGUUAUAUCACGGCUAGAGCUCUGUACGAUCACACACGAUUUAAACACACUGGCGAGGGUCUCUUAGAAUGUUCUGAAUGUGGUAAAAAAUUUGUUAAAAAAUAUGAUUUAGAAACUCAUAUGAGAACUCAUACAGGAGAGAAACCCUUUAAAUGUGAUGCUUGUGAAAAAUCAUUCAUUUCUGCUCAGUCAUUAAAGGCUCAUGGUAAAAUUCAUUCUGGAGAGAAACCCUUCGUUUGUGAGAUCUGUAAUAAAUCAUUUCUUACUAAAUAUAGACUACAAGACCAUGUUAAACUCCAUACUGGUGAUAAACCUCAUCAAUGUGACUAUUGUGAGGCCAGAUUUAUAAACAAUAGGACAUUGUUAGUUCAUACUAGACUCAAACAUACUGGAGAAGGACUUUUAGAAUGUCCUGAAUGUGACAAGAAGUUUCUCAGAAAAGGUGAUUUGGAGGCACACAUGAGAAAUCAUACUGGAGAGAGACCUUUUGUUUGUGAUGUUUGUGGGCGUAGUUUUACUACUUUACAACCUCUCAAAGUUCAUAAAAACAUUCACAGUGGAAUUCGACCAUUUAUUUGUGAAAUUUGUGCGAAAACUUUUUUAACUAAAGCCAGUUUACAAGAACAUACUCGGAUCCAUUCUGGAGAGAGACCUUACAAAUGUGAUGAAUGUAAUAAAUCCUAUAUUACUGGUAGAAAGUUGAAGGAUCAUCAGAAACUGAAACAUACAGGGGAGGGUGUUCUAACCUGUGAACUGUGUGAUAAGAAAUUUAUCAAGAGAGUACGAUUAGAGGAACAUAUGAGAGUUCAUACUGGUGAUAGACCAUUUAGUUGUAACAUUUGUUUGGCCACGUUUACCAAAGCAACUACAUUGAGAAACCAUGUAAAACUUCAUUCUGGCAUUCGGCCCCAUGUAUGUCAUUUAUGUGGUAAAUCGUUUGCCACCAAAGCUAGUUGUAAAGAACACAUAUUAACACAUACUGGUGAAAGACCUUUUAAAUGUGAUUUGUGUCCUAAAGCUUUUUAUCGUAAAGACCAGUUAAAUUUUCAUAAGAAAAUUCACACAGAUGGAGACCCAUUCUUCUGUGAAAUUUGUGGUAAAUCAUUUAUUUCACGGACAGGUUUUAGAUGUCAUGUGGAGUCACAUAGUGGGUUAAAACCCCAUAAAUGUGAAAUCUGUGGUAUGCACUUUACCCAGAAAGGAUCUUUAAAAAAUCAUAUGCCAACUCAUACAGGGAUAAAAGCUUUUACUUGUCAUAUUUGUGCUAGGUCUUUCGCCAUCAAAAAUUCUUUAAGAAAACACAUGAUCAUUCAUUCUAAUGAAACUCCUUUUGAAUGUGAAGAUUGUGGGUUAAAAUUCAGUAGAAAGAACAGUCUUCAGAGACACCAGAGAAUACAUAAUGGUUUUAAACCUCAUAACUGUGAAUAUUGUGAUCAGUCGUUUGCUAGAAGAGAUAGAAAUUACGUUUUGACUAGAAGAUCUUUUGAUUGUAAGACAGCUUUUGAUUGUAAGACAGCUUUUGAUUGUAAGACAGCUUUUGAUGAAACAUGUGUGGUGAAAUUAUAUUGCAGUUGUUUUCUAUAA